UAACACACACAAGUGAAGUUUUGAUACAUUUUUGAUAGCUCUAUGACAAAAUCUCACUAAAUUGUACCCGCGAUCAUGGACAGCCCAACAAAGCAGCGCCACAAACCGAAGAAACUUGCCAAGCUGGAUGAAGAUCUAACCAAUGCCACUGAAACUAAAAAGGAUAUUAUCGAAGAGGUGGAAGAUCAGCCUGUCGUUUACGACUACAUGAAGUAUCCCAGUAACAAAGAAAAGGGCAAGCUCUUCAAGAGCGUGAAGCCCCGGAAAAAUGUUUCCUUCAAGGUGAUGGUGGAGCUGGUGACCUACACCGACAACUGGAAGAUGAAGAUGAGCGAGAGUAAGCUGCGCACGGAGGAGGAGCAGCUCAAGUGCUCCCUAAAGCGGCGAAACUUCUGACGAUUUCCGCUUAUAAAAAUCUCAUAAUUGUAUAAUGAAAUUAAUAUGUUUAUUUGUUGCAAUAUAGUAAAGUUAAUGUUAAAUAUACCAAAAAUACUAUUAAUACA